AUGGAAGCCAAGAGUGAUGAGAGACCACCACCGCACGUCUGCAUCCAUCCACAAUGUGGCGCCUGUGGACAGCUAUUUGUGCCUGGUGAGCGUACUGUCGCACUGCUCUUCACCGAGACUACGUCUACAUGUCUGGUGUACAAUGCGUACGAGUUUUCAGCUAGCGGUUAUGCUCAGCAGUCGAAAACAGGCGACCAUGUCUUCUACAAGAUACCAGACCGUCCUCUCGACCUUGGCACGGAAGAAAGCAUCACGAUGCACACGGAUUGCUUCCAGCUAUGCCGCCAGGCCUUUAAAAGCUACAAGUAUAGGCGCGACUCCCAAUUCAACGGCGGCUACAGACGAGAUUUCAGGCGCCUAUGGCUCGCAGCAACGUGGAGAUAUCCUUGGAAAAGCAUGGCGCCUCUCAAGCUGCCUAGCUACAGCGCUCUCGCAGAUCCAUCUCCCAGCGUUAUAAGUAGACUCUGUGGCUUCAAGAAGGAGUUUCUUCCAGAAAUCGCCACCCUCAUCCAGAGUUAUUCGCAGUCUAGCAUAAUUUGGAGAUUUGAUGCCGCACUCCAACUUGUGGAGGAACUGAACUUUGCUACAGCGGAUGAAGAAGAAGCCAUUACCUGUGCGCUUUCUGAGGUGCUGUGCUGGUCUCGCAACGGUUCCCCCGAUGGUUCUCUCAAGCUUGUGCAAGACGAGCUUGCCGACCCUUUUGUGUGUCUCAUUAUCGACUCUCGAGGCAUCAAGUCGAUAAACAGAUUAUCUGAACAUUCAGCAACUUUAGCGGCCCAAAUCUCCAUUCACCCCAAUGUAUUGAUAAUAGAGCCGGUGGAGACUGUAAAAUCAAUGCAUGUAGAAUUCAGGCUCGGGAGGAGCCGCUUACACCUUCCCAUGGCAUCAAGUAUCAACGUCUGGAGCGCACCAAUACCUAUGCCGAAUUUUCUAGACAUUAAAAAUCAUGGGAACGCUGCAGCUUCGUCUACGUCUAUGUACUUGUCCUCCCAUUUCGUCGCCACCAGUCUAGAUCCCCGUCACUGCACGGGAAUCUCCUUCUUCAUCACAGGGAUAACUGGCAGUAAGAUAGUUGGUAUAUAUGGACAUGGCCAUCGAGACUUGCGCCACUCAGAGACAUUUGAAUAUAUGAGUUCUUUCCACGGAUGCCGUCUCAUCUGGAUAUACAUACCACUGGCCGCCAACGACAAGAUUAACGCAAUCGGUGUCAGGCGUAGCGCUCCACUGCGCGAGCCGCACUCUAUUACAUUGCAGAUGGCCUCUGGACAAUACAUGAUUGGUAUUCCGCCGACAAAAGCCCCAGUCUAUGAAACAUUAUAUACAGCAGCAGAACAGCAGCAUGCUACACUCAUCCACAGUAGUCCAUGCAACAGCGGCGCCUCAGUCAUCAAGGCUGACACGAAUUAUAAGAUUAUAGCUUGUGGCAUCCAAUCAGAUGUACCGCCCCUGCCUGCUGCAUGCUCGUCUUCAGCGUCACUGGAGAAUGUAUUAAGCAUUUCUAUCUUUACUGACAGGCUAACGAAAUUAUGCAAAGGCAUAAUGAUUGAGUAUAACAAUGGCUUAAAGAGAGCCCUUGGACAGUGCCGUAUAGGCAUGGAUUCUGUCCACAGGUAUCAGAAGCCAUCGAGCAUAUCGUAUGCUAGCACCUAUCAACCAACAUGCGGAAAGCAUAAAUUAUCAUGCAAGGGUGUACAUGUUGUCUUUGACUUUCAAAAUCAGCUACAUGUUCAAGAUAAGGAGUUGAUAUGGGAGCAUUAUGAAAUGAAAGGCCAGCUGUACUUUUGGUUCACGACGCAUGAGGUUUAUUUAAAGGUUUCUCAAGAUUAG